AUGCCCCAACCCGCCGCAACCCCACUCAAAACCGUCCUAAUUACCGGGUGCAGUGCUGGCGGCGCCGGUUCGGCCCUGGUAGAGGCGUUCCACGAGCGUGGGCUGCAUGUCUUCGCAACGGCGCGCUCCUUGUCGAAGAUGGCGCAUUUGGAGAAGCUGCCGAACGUGACUCUUUUAGAACUCGACGUCGUGUCUCCCUCCAGCAUCAGUGCCGCCAUAGAGACCGUCACCGCAAAGACUGGCGGGAAGCUAGACUAUCUGGUCAACAACUCGGGCCAGGCGUGCGUGCGGCCUGCUUUAGACACGGACCUGGAGCGAGCCAGAAAGCUGUUUGAUGUCAAUUUCUGGGGCACCGUCAAUGUCAUCCAUGCCUUUGCGCCGCUGAUCAUCGCUUCCAAGGGGAUGAUUGUCAAUAUCUGCUCUAUAGCUGCGGUGCUCCAUACGGCAUGGGGUGCCUUUUAUAAUUCCUCAAAAGCGGCCGUCCGAUCCUACAGCGAGUCUCUCCGCCUAGAAAUGGCUCCACUGGGUGUCAAGGUCAUGACUGUCAUGGCUGGGACGCUGGCAACGAAUGUUUUUGCCAAUCACCCUGAUCCUCAGCUGCCUGAAAACUCUUUGUGGAAGGCUGCCUCGAAGGAGAUUACCACUACAGCAUCGGGUUCAUUGACUGAGGGGGCCAUGCUUCCUUCGGAGUUUGCGAGACGGGUCGUCGGCGAUGUACUGGCAGGGGUUAAUGGCUUGACAUGGCGAGGGAAAUUGGCCUCGAUUGGAUGGUUCAUCCAAGGUUUUAUGCCAACGUGGGUUAUGGAUCGCAUGCUUGUCUCCACGAGUGGAUUGGAACACAUGGCGUGA